AGAUAAACACUGGACAACACAGUGUCUCCACUGCACAUAAAACAGAAGCAUGAUGAAACUGUGGACAAGCAAUUGGACCUACAAUGAAUACUGUCAGCAAAUUAAAAUCCAGGGAUAAACAGUAUGAAUCACUUGUGGACAGCAAUGCCAAACUGCAUAAAGAUAUUGAAGAGCUAGAAACGGCCUACAUGAUACACAAGCACUAUGUGGAAGAAGACCAGAAUAGUCUGCAGGGGGUAUUAAGAAAAGAAAUUGGUGGAUCAAGAUGGGAACAUGGGGGCGCAGGUAAAAUCAGGACCUACAAAUCUAGCAAAGAUUUAAUUGACAAUGAAACCGAGUCCAUAGGAAGCCAAACAAGGAAAUCAAGUAGAAGCUUGCCUAAAGAUGAAACAUUUAAUAUCAAUUUAAUAACUGAAAAAUUAAACAUUGAAUUAAUUGGAAGUGAUAUAGAUUAUAGAAGGUUAUCCGACUUAAAAACUAGAGUUCUCAAGAAAGCUAGUACAGGUAUUAUUCAUCGUGAAAACUGGGCUGAAAAAGCUAAAUCUGUACCAGACACAAGAGCAAAUGAUGUCACAAAUGGGUCCCAACCAGUAGAAUUAGUUAACGCUGAAUCAAAACUUGACACUGCUGGACUUAAAAGAAGUAAUUCAGUAAAGAAAAACAAACCAGAUUUAACACAACUAGUUGCCAAGACAAGUGAAAAGUAUUUGAUAAAAAAUGAAAAUAAUGCUCUAAAGGCAAGAGAUAAAAACAGAUCUAGUGUAAAACCUGACAAUUCAUCUGCACGAAAAUCAAGACAUGACUUACAUUUGGCAAAAAAGUCUUCAGCUACUGUUAAAAAGUCAUCAGUAGCUAAAAGUCUUACAGAGUAUAAUAAUGGCGUUCAGGUUGGUUUAGAAACUAAUGACAUCAUUGCAGAAACUCAGACAGUUGCAAAACCGUUUGGACUCACAUUUGCUGCAAGAAAACCAGAGUUGCAUACAAAUGGGGACCAAACACCAAGUAGUCGCCAGUCAAACAUUUUCCAAACUCAACCACCUGAGCCCACUGAAAUUUUCAUUGAUCCAGCGAAUGGUCAAAUAAGAUUGGGUUUGGCAAGUAACUUUUCAGAUAGCGGCACAGAAUGUUACGUUGUUGAUGGUACAAAAAUUCUUGUUCAGUCUGGGACCACCAACAAAAGCUUAGAUGGACAAAAGUUACCAUGUUCCAUUGUGGACUUCAACAGACAAAAUAUUCAGCCAGAAGUACGAGAUGUGUUUGGUUUGAGUGGUCAGAGCUUAACAAGGCAGAUUGACUCUCCUGUUAACAGAAACACUUUUAAUGUUAGUCCUUUUGCAGCAUCCAAACAGUGUAACACCGAAGUUGAAUUUUGGUUGAAAGGUCUGCAGAUUCCUGAUGUUGAUAAGUAUGUGAGAAUAUUUGCGGAGAAUCAUAUUGAUUUGUUAGACUUGGAGUUCAUGUCAGCGGCUCAGUUACAUGACAUGGGUAUCACAGCUUUUGGUGCUCUUGAUAAAAUUCUAAAGGGUAUUCAAAAUUUUAAAAGUCAGUCAGUACGGAAAUCUGCUCAAGAGCGGGACAGUUUUAGCAAAAGCCGAGUGGGAAGGCUGGAAUCAAGUUCAAUGGAAUGGAAGAGCAAUGAGUGUGAAAAUAUAUUGGAUUCUAAACCUGGGAAUCUCAAGCACGUUGGUGAAAGAGAACACAAAGAUUGGACUGAUUCAAAGCACAGAGAGGAGGAACAUAGAAGCAGCAGUAGAUUGUCAAAUGUUUCGAGUAGCCCUGAUUUCUCUGCCAGAAACGGACAAUCUACCCCGUCUUUUGCUGCCAACACAAAGUCUAGUAGUGCCAAACAUGCCGAAAAAAAGCCACCCAGUUCAAAACCGACUGGAAAACCUGUUAACCAGUCCAAAACAGAAGAAAACCAGCAAAAAUUGAAGAGAAGUAAUUCUAGUGCAUCUCAGAAACCUUCUUCAAAGUUGAGUCACUUGGAAGGUAAGCCAACUAAAGGUGUUUUAAUUCGACCAAGAAGUGCAUCUGUGUCGAGGGUCAGUUCGAAAGGUCAAGGGGACAAAAAGGGCAACAAAACUGAUGAUAAAAAGGAAGUCAAGGUUACCAGGUCACGAAGUAGGUCUGCCGAUGCAGUGAAAAGAAAGGCUUUGGAAGGGGUCCAAGCAGCGGCCAAGAGAUUUGAGGAGCUGCAUCCAAGGGAUCACCAUGGUGAAGGGCCCGGGGUUGAGAACUGGGACGACAGAAGAAGGAAACGAGACGAAAUGGCGGCCAAACAUCUUCAUAGGGAACGGGUAAAACAGAUGAUGGCCAUUGAAAAUGCAGCACAUGAAGAAGACGUACGUGAAGAAGCAGAAGAGUCAGACAGGGAUGCAGACGACACUUUGGAAAGUCUGGUCACAGUCAACAUUCUAUCCGCACCAAACCUGUCAAACCAUUCUGAUCCUCACAGGAGCCAUAGCAUCAACAGAACUCAGGUAUUAGAGCCAAGAUCUGAUGUGAGAAAGUCACAGCUUUCUAACAGGCGGAUUCUCAGACAGUCUGCUAGAAGACAGCAAGAACUUCACUCUUCCGUCGACAUCAAUCGCCCAGUGUUAUCUACGUACAAGAUCGUCAGCAACCCAGACCGAGACAAAAGUCACUCAGAGCCAGAGAGUGGCUACAGGACGGAUGGCAGCACGACAUACUCACAGAUUGAAGAACGAGUCCUUGAUAUCCAACACAAGAUUAAACGAUUGAAGUCUCAAGCCAUGAGUGGAGAUGAGAUGACCUUGACCUUAGUUCAUGACCUUCAAGACCAGUUGCAGCAUUUUGAGUGGCAGCUGUUGGAAAAAGAAAAAGAGUUGAAGGGAUUCAAGCCAGACUAUGAAAGCAGAUCAGAUCCUGAAAAAGAAAGAACAAGUUCCUCACGAUCAGCCCUUUCUUCUUCAAGUUCAAGGGAUGUGUCAUCAAUGAGCUUUCCAGUGAAUUCAAAUGACUCCAGAAGUCAGGUUAACAACAACACUAGUACAGAUGGUGAUGAUGGGACAGCCAACAGAGGCAGCAAGAGGGAAACACAGGAAGGGAUGAGGAAGGAAAAGCAAAUCUAUUUGCAGAACAGGCAAAGGGAGUUUGAGGCCAACAGACCCCGACAGACAGACCCUCUCACGAGCAUGGAACUGGACCAGAAAGACAUCAUCUUCAAAUUGGAGGACAAAAUAGGGGAGGGCACUUUCUCGUGUGUGUAUAAGGGAGACUACCAGGGUUCUGAGGUGGCUGUUAAGCAACUCCGAUUGCCACUUAAACCACAGGAUAGAAACUACUUUGCUGCAGAGGUGAGCCUUUUGAAGGAGUUGCGACAUCCCCGUGUUGUUCUACUUAUUGGCGUGUGUACGACUAGCAAGCUUCCUGUGAUGGUGCUUGAACUGAUGUCUCGAGGAAGCUUGCACAACUACUUACGUAGCUCAGAAUGUGAGUCGCUGGACCAUGCCAUGUACUACCAGGUGGCUAAGGACAUUGCUGCAGGCAUGAACUACCUGCACAGUCACAAGCCAGAGGUCCUUCACCUUGAUCUGAAGUCCAUGAACGUGCUUAUGUGUGAGAGCUUCCGGGCAAAGAUCGCUGACUUUGGAUUCUCAAAGCUCAGGCAUGAUGCUGGUGUUAAGUCAAAAAAGCGUUCAAAGUUGCAAGCAACAAACAAUUCCCUGUACUGGAUGUCACCGGAACUGCUAGACAAAGGGGAGGUAACCUGCAAGUCCGAUGUCUAUAGUUUUGCCAUCAUUCUUUGGGAGAUGCUCACAAGGAAUAUUCCAUAUGAAGGGACGAGUGUAUUUAAGGUCCUGGAAAGGGUUCGCAAGAACAAGAGACCUGAGAUUCCUGCCUCUACACCUGAAGGGCUGACUCAGCUGAUAUCCAUAUGCUGGGACCCUAACCCAGCCAAAAGGCCCCAGUUUAAGGAGAUACUUCAGAUUCUAGAGAACCUUUCCUUCCCACCAGCCUGGAGGGAACUGUUCCAGAAGGCAGGGGUACCAGACUCUGCUCUGCAGGACGUGAAUUCAACACGCACAAUCAUUAGUCUGGUUACUGGCACCUUAGACUCAGGAAAGGCAGACGUGCUUCACAGUUUUAUGAUUUCACAAGGCAAAAGUGGGAACCAGUCUAGCAGAAACCAAGGGAAACUAUCUGAAUUGGCUGGACAAAAAUCAAAGUCAAGGGACUUAAUUUCAAAACAUUCUUCAAGAAAUGGAACUAAACCAGGGGAGUUGAACUCAAAACAUUCUGCGAGAACUUGUACGACGAUAAGCAGUUUGAAAACUGAGGAUUGGGAGAGUGACACUGUGACAACUCUGAGUGCUGGAACGUCAUCGGAUGAGUCUGAACUCACACUGAUGAAUCUCAGGGAAUCAUCGUCAGAGAAUGAGGACAGCGCAUCUGUGGAAACCAGCUCUUCAUCUGAUGAAGAACCGGAAGCUUCAGAAAAAAAGAGUGACCGAAAGAUGAAAAUGGAUGUGUUUAUUCCAAAUCUUGAAUUGUCGUUACAAACUGUUAGAGAUGAAUUUAAGGCAGAGCGGCAGAGAAUUAGUCAAGAAACGGACUGGACUUGCAUUAGUAUGGAUGCAAAUACUGAAAGAAGUCAUGGGGUUAUCGAAAAAACACAGGAAAACAAGGAGGAAAUGAGGCUGCAUUUGUCAUCUGCAUUGAGUGGAAGAAGUACAUCACAGUCAGUUGCAUCUUUGGACAGUAGUACAUCACAAUCAGUUGCAUCUGUGGACAGUAGUCUGAGCAUGAAUGAGUCUGCUCGGAGUAGGCGUAGAGACAGGGCAAACAGCAGAAGUGUUUACUCUGAAGAAUUUCUUAUGAGAGAGUCUUUAAACAAUCGACGACCACCAUCUCCAAAAAAACGAUCGUCUUUCACUGAGACAUCAUCUGGACGCCCAGUCAUUUUAACAAAACAUGACAAUGAAUUAAAUGAUACAAACUUAGCACCAAUAAUAUCAGGGGAUGAAAGAAGCAGUUCUUCCAUCUUAAAAAGUUUACAAGAUUUAGGAAAAAGUGCACAAGGUAGCAAGGAAUUAGAAGCCAAUGAAGUUAACAGCUCAUUUAAAAGGGUAAAAACAAGUCGCAGUUCAGUUACAGACGAUACCAUGCAAGUGGAAGAUAUUGAAUAUUUUCCCAGGUCAGAGAGAAUUAGCAGUUCAAGGAGAGGAAAAGUUGAGCCCACAGUCAGCAGUUCUGUAGAUGUCAUUCUUGAUCAUAGAAGACCAAAAGCAAGAAACGUUGGGACUAAAAUAUCACCAAGAAAAAGAAAUAGUUAUGUUUCUUCUAAUAAUGCUGAUUUUGCAAAGGAAAGUUCAGAGCUACAGAACAAAAUCAGCACAGAAGCCAGAAAGCUGAUAAAUUCUGAAUAUGAUAAUGUGAUAAAUGAGAGAACAAACAGAGACUAUGAUUCUGUACAAAAUGUAACUGCAAAUAAAAUUGGAAGUGAAAGUGUCAGCACCAGUGGUUCUGAAAAUAUAAGAGUUGUCCUGAAAGACAUGGAAUCAAAGGCACAAAUGAAUAAAGAAAGAACGAAUAUAAUUCCAGAGCCUUUAAAAAGCAAGCAGUCAAAGUUACAAAAUGAUGACCUACCAGUCAACAAACAAACUGAAACAGUUGCGUAUAAAGGCAGUGUUGAUGAAGAUGAAAUUAGAGUCAAAUUAAAUCCUGAGGAAUUUGAGCUUAAAAGAAAGCCAACUAUUACUCCGAGAAGAAGUAAGACUGUAACUAAAGUGCAGGAUGAAGAAAGUCUUGAAAGGCCAGAGAAAGUACGAGAUAUGGGUGACAAGCCAGUGUACAAAUCUCCAAGGAAAGACCAUGUAGAGGGAAAUGAAGAACAUCCAAAAGUUGAAAAUGACUCUGGGGUUUCCAAACAUACAUCGCAAGGAGAUGCAAACUUUAAAGUAAAUAACAAUUUUGAAUUUCUGAAUGUUAGAGAUACUAGUCAACCUUUGCAAUUUCUAGAUGUAGCUGAAGAUAAGAAAGAGGAUAAGAAAUCCUUGGCCCAAGAACAACAGGCUGACAGUCCGAAACGAAAAACAAUCCGGGUUAAGCUUUGUCGGGAUCCGCUGGAACCACAGUUUCAGCGCAGUGAGCCUCAACAUUCUCACAAGCUCCGCCUUCCACGAGAGACUGCCUCCCCAGUCCCUCCUGCUCCUCCCCCUCCCCCCUUGAUAUCAGGCAGUGUGUCCAUGUCGUCUUGCUUCACCAGCAAGAGUGUCCAAGAUAUAGGCGUGAGAGGCAGCAUGGCAGACGAACUGAAGAGACGGGUGGCUGCUAGACAGAGCAUAUCUGAAGGUGUGAGACCAGCAAACCCCAAAAAUCCUCUGUCAAAUUCUGCGAUACUUGGAGGGAAAGCUCCAAACAGACAACGAAAACAACCCCUUGGUGCUUCCAAGCAGAGCCUUCAGUUGGGUAACAUCGCAGAGCUGACAGAGAAUAUGGUGCCACAACAGUCUGAAGGGCUUCCAUCGUUCGUGUUGCAGUCGCUAGACUUGCAGGACCAGAAGGAGCAGCUGAGGUCAAUAUCUCGGCCCCACCCCCACCAGCUGGAUGACCUGAGUAAUGCCAGCCAAGAGCAGCUCUGUUCCAUUGCUGAGAUACUGAAAAAGGCGGUGUUGAAUAGACGACUGGCCAUGGGUGAAGACGGGGACAGUGUCUCUCAGAGUCUCGAGUCUGCAGCCACUGGAUGGUCUAUUGAUACACACAUUGGCUAAUACUGAGCGAGUCCCUGUGGUUACCAUCAUAACAUAUGGCCAUUGACAUGAUACCAGGCUUGAAUCUUGUCUCUCUAGUUACCAUAAAACUUACACCAACAUGUACCAGACUGCUACCAUGGCAACAAACGAACCAUUGAAACUGCAAAUAACUUAACUAGUAACCAUGACACCUACAUCGAUUGGAAGAGGAUGCUUGGAGUUAACCCUUUGCAUGCUGGGAAAUUUGUCGUCUGCUAAAAUGUCUUCUGCUGAAUUUCUAAAAUUAGCAUUUUCUUCGAUUUUUUUCAAAGAACACUAUCAGAAUAGCAAACAGUUUGGAUCCUGAUGAGACGCCAUGUUUUGUGGCGUCUCAUCUGGAUCCAAACUGUUUGCAAAGGCCUUCAAAAUUCGGUUCCCGCACUGAAAGGGUUAACAUCGUAAGAACAGUCUGGAUAUUUGUGAUAAUUCUCAAAAUGUAUUGCUUUGUGCAGGGUCAUCCAGAGUUAUGUAGAACACACUUUUAUGAAGCUGAUAUUCCUUAGGUCUAGAAAGGGAGUUUUUUGUACAAAUAUUUGUUCUUUAAUACCACAAACAAGGAUUGCUGAAGAAUUAUGUAAAUACAUGGUCAUAAUCACUAGGUAUUUUGUGUCCUUGAAAUAUCUCAUUUUAAUGCUAGUUAUCUGAAAAUGUAUUCCCAAAAUAACAGUUUUUGAUUUCUGUUUGUAUUUUUCAAUGGGUUCUUUUAAUGUGUAUAUAGUUUUAUUAAAUUUAUUUUCUUUAUUUAUUGUUCAGUAAACAACUCUGCAUCAUUCUGAUUUAUGGCUAUUAAAAAAAUCAGGCCAAUGCUCUCCUGGUUUAGUGGAAGCUGCACUCUGGGAAAUCUUGGCUUAACCCUUUGCAUGCUUGGAAAUUUGUCGUCGGCUAAAAUGUCGUCUUCUGAAUUUCUAAAAUUAGCAUUUUCUUCGAUUUUUUUUCAAAGAAUACUAUAAGAAUAGCAAACAGUUUGGAUCCAGAUGAGACGCCACGUUCUGUGGAAUCUCAUCUGGAUCCAAACUGUUUGCAAAGGCCUUCAAAAUUCAGUUCCCGCACUGAAAGAGUUAAUGCAAGUGUGUAAAGGGAUGACGCUUCACGCUUUUAGAAGAGACUUCCAUUAAACGAAAAAUUCCAGAAAUGCAGUAAGUGUUAUGCCUAGUCCACACAAGUUAAUCUGGGAUGAUACUUCACGCUUAUGCGUUAAGCCUUGUUUUCUUAGAGGGCGGAUCAAACUAUAAAUGCUGUACAUGAUAGAUGAUGCCUGGAGUAAAUAGAUAUAAAUUAAAAUACCUUUUGUGUAAACUCACUUUGCUCAUUGGUAUUGUGUAUUCCAUUCACAUCAAGAAUUGCAUUUCUUGCAAACAAGAUACCAUUGGAACAUGACAUACAGCAUUGAUAUUUUUUUAAACAAAUGUAACUGACUUCUGAUUGUAUAGUGUUUAGAGACAACUAGUGGAACAUGUUGCAACUAUUUUCUUUUGAGAUGUGUCAAUUUAUAAAUUGAAAUGUCCAUAAAUUUAUAUCUCAAUUUGAAGUGCUAUUGUUUUUACAUAUCAGAAAUGUUGUGACAUUCCAUGGAUUACAUUGUUUACAUGCUAUAUAUUUUGAUUGUGAUUCUAAGUAUUGGAUAAUUUUUUUCUAUCUGUACAAAAUAUGUUAUACAUACAUUUUUUUAAUGAAUAUCCAUAUUUUAACAUCAUUCUUUGAUGUCUUUUAUUUAUCGAACAAUGUAUAUUUAGUGAGGAACAACUAAGCAGGUGGAAUGUUCAAAAACCAAGGUAAUUACAUAUGAAAUUUUUGCAGGGUUUGUCCAGAUAAUGUCAAACAAAUGUAUGAUUUUAUUUUUGGUUUGGAAUUUAUAAAUGUUUAACAUUGUUGUUAGUCUUUCAUAAAGAACCAAAUUUUACAAAACUACUUCAUGUAAUUUAUUGUUUACAUUGUUAUACGUCAUUUUGUUGUGAAGGUUUUAAUGUCUGCAAUUCAUUGCUAGACAUAGGCUUGUUUGCCAGUCUUAAUUUAAGAAGAUUGAAAUGAUUAAUUUUGAAUAUAGCUUGUGGGUUAAUUAUUUUAUGGCAUUGACAUUCAUCCCAGUCUUUAGUAUGCUAUUUGAAUAUAAUGGACAAACAUGUAAAUCUGUGUUAUGUGGAGCAUAUCUGUGUAGUGUCAAGGGCUUGAAUGUUUAUGGAAAAAUUGUUAAAGAAUGUUUAACACAGGAAGUUGGGUUUUUAUCCAUUGAGAUAUUGACACUUGUUUAAGCACAAACUUUCAAUUGUUUGUAAAAUUCAGAAUUGCAGAGUCAUAGACAAAAUUCAAUAUUGCAACUUAAAAGUACCUGUUAAGAGGAAACUUCCAACCUUUUGUAAAUAGAAAAGAUAAUGCAUAAAUAUAUACUGCACAUACCAUUUUGUUUAUUGUUAACUUUAUUAAACAAAUUGAAAUGCUCCAUCUUUUGAAACCGAUCUGCUCAAACAUUAAUUUUUUGGCAUACUCAAACAAUUAUGAACUAAUCCCUUUAAAUUCUAUGAAAACAAGUUUAAACAAUGAGAGUUGUAGUCACAUGAAGAGGCUUAAUUUGUAACUUCUACCAUAACAUCUCAUCCUACAAUGCCACCUGACAAGUAUGCACUUUUUUAUAAUAUGUGUGGCGUUUUUAGAAAACUGGGCAUAAUGCAUGUGCGUAAAGUGUCGUCCCAGAUUAGCCUGUGCAGUCCGCACAGGCUAAUCAGGGAUGACACUUUACGCUUUUAUGGUAUUUUUCGUUUUAAAAAAGUCCCUUCUUACCAAAAAUCUUGUUUAGGCGGAAAGUGUCCCCCCGACACAUAUUGUUAUUAGCCCUGUUGUGCGAAAAUGGGUAUUAUGCAGCCUGGUUUGCAGUUACCUUGUCAGCUGUAGUAAUGCAAAGUUUCCUGGUCUCAUUAGCAGACAUGUGGAAUCUUCAUCGGAGUAGACUGAGGCCUGUCUGAAGCAAAACUGUUCAGAUUUGUCUGAAGGUUUUCUGUCAGGAAGGAGCACUUAUAUUUUUGAUUAAGAAGAAGAACUAAGGUUGAAUUAUGACUGAAAGUAUUCUUGCCAUUUGUAAAUGUUGUUGUAUUGGGUAUAACACAAUUUUUAAUAACAUUCACUUGUAUUAUCUAAGUGAUUCCAAUUGUAUGUAUCACUACAAUAAAGUAAGUUCACAUGAUGAAUACAAUUUGUUUUUAUCCAAUAUAUCCAAUAUUAAACAUCUUUCACAUUUAGUGAAAUAAAAACAUGUAUAUAGUACCAUAUUAAGCAAUCCUGAAAAACAAGUUUGUAGUGUAUUUUUAUUUUUUGUAAACACAGAUACUUAAAAACACUUGAAAAUCAAGAUAUUAAAUAAUUAUGAAAGACAUUUUGUCUCAUGUUGUAAGUGGCACACAGUAUAAAGACUGACUUACUUUUGUCUAAGUUUGAUUGAUUUACACAACUGAUAACAACUAAUUUUAUUGACUUCAUGUUGUUUUUAUUGCUACUUAACGUAUUGGAAUCUUUUAACCCUUUGCAUGCUGGGAAAUUUGUAGUCUGCUAAAAUGUCGUCUGCAGAAUUUCUAAAAUUAGCAUUUUCUUCGAUUUUUUCAAAGAAUACUAUUAGAAUAGCAAACAGUUUGAAUCCUGAUGAGACGUCACAUUUUGUGGCGUCUCAUCUGGAUCCAAACUGUUUGCAAAGGCCUUUAAAUUCGGUUCCAGCGCUGAAAGGGAUAAGCUUCAAGUUGAUAUACCUGAUAGGACAACCUAUCCAAAGGUCAGUAUUACCUAUAAGGCUAAUUGGUUUUUAAAACGUAUAUUCAUGAAGAUGUUUAGUACCUUGUUAAGUUGCAGAUAUUUUUGUUCCGUCCUAUACAUAGCGGUUUAUUAUUUAUUUGUUUUGUUAGCGUUUAUGUAUUAUUUAUGUGAGGUUUAUUUGCUAGAAUAAAAUGGUAAAAAUAA